CUAAGUGUGCUUCUCGCCGGUACUUAACGCAAUCGCUCUUCUAAGUUCUGAAAAGUGAACGUGGAGUUGUGCAAUGUGCAUGUAUGACUUACUAACAAAUAGUACGAAAUAAACUCAUUAAACUGUAAUCUCUGAAUAACUAAUAUUGAGCCAUGGCGCCUAAGAAGGGCAAAAAAGGUAGAAAAGGUGACGAUUCUGAAGAUGACGAAGACGUGAAGAGCGAAACCGCUAAAUUAUCGCGUAAGCAGCAAAAAGCAAUGAAAGUUGCACAGCAGUCAGAUGAAGAAACAGAAUCCGUGAAAGAAUCAAUUAACUCUAGUACUAAAACGGCUGGUCAAAAACAGAAGAAGAAAGACAAGAAGAAAAUCAAGCAGAAGAAUAAUUUUAAUGAUAGCGAUGAAGAAAAUUUACCAGAUUUCAAUGCUAAAGUUGAGGAAGAAGAAAUAGAAACACCGGUUCAAUCAGGUAAAUCAAAGAAAGUAAAAAAGAAGAAAAAUAAAAAAGCUGAUGUGGAUGAUGAGAGUGAUGCGGAUUUGCCUGAUUUCAAUGCAAAGAUCAGUCAAGAGGAAACUGAAUUGCAUACAGCUCCUCUUAUUGUCAAGAAAAAUCAAAAUAAACAAUCCAGAAAGAGUAAGAAGAAGAAGCAAGCAUAUGAAGAGAGUGAUGAUGAAGAAAAUGAAGAUGAUGAUGGUUCUUCUCUAAGACUAAAGGUUUCAGUUAAAAAUGUUGCAAAAUCUACUAAGAAAGAGCAAAAAGAGGAGAAAAGUGAAGGUUCUUGUGAGAGCAGUGAAAAUAAUGUUGAAAACACAAUUGAGAAGGUUGAAUCUGGUGCUCAGAAAGUCAAAAUAUCAGAGCCAGAAACCUUGUCUGAGAAGAUAUCAAACCUUAAAAUUACAAACAAAGAAGAAGAGAUUAUCAAGGAGGCUCCUGUAGAGGCUGUAGAGAGUGCUAAAGAGAAUUUAUCACCCGUAAUUACUGAUGAAGAAUCUGAAGAAUCCGAAAGUGAAGAAACAAAGCUAAAGAAAAAGAAAGAAGCAGACAGAGAAGCCCUCAAGAAGCUGUCACACAAAGAGAGGAAGAAAUUGAAACAACAGCAGUUAUAUGAAGAAAAUCUUCAAUUGAUGCUCAAGAAAGGUGGCCAAGGCACAUCUGCUUUGGGUGACAAUUUCACACUUUCUCAAGCUGAGAAGUCUGGCAAGCAACAAGAGCAGUUAGAGAAUGCAGUGGAUAUUAAGAUUGAAAGCUUCAGCAUUGCUGCUAAAGGCAAGACACUCUUCAACAAUGCUUCUCUUCUUAUUGCCAAUGGAAGAAGAUACGGUCUAGUGGGACCCAAUGGUCAUGGCAAGACUACCCUCCUACGACACAUUCAAAUCCGAGCCUUGAACAUUCCUUCCAGCAUUGAUGUACUCUACUGUGAACAGGAAGUUGUGGCAGACGACACCCCAGCAAUUGAGGUGGUGGUCGCUUCAGACACCAAGCGCGCUGAACUCAUCAAGGAGAAGGAGGAUCUUGAGCAGCAAUUGAGCAAGAAGGGCAAGAACGUCAACAUGGAUAGGCUACAGGAGGUCUAUGAUGAACUUAAGGCCAUUGGUGCUGAUCAAGCUGAACCAAAAGCUCGCAGGAUUCUUGCUGGCCUUGGCUUCACACGUGAGAUGCAGGAGCGAGCCACUAAGAACUUCAGUGGAGGAUGGCGGAUGAGGGUGUCACUGGCUCGGGCUCUCUUCAUUGAACCAACACUACUAAUGUUGGACGAGCCUACCAACCAUCUCGACCUAAAUGCUGUAAUUUGGCUCGACAACUAUCUCCAGGGCUGGAAGAAGACUCUACUUGUUGUGUCCCACGACCAGUCUUUCUUGGACAACGUGUGCACUGAUAUUAUCCACUUGGACAUGCAGAAACUAUUUUACUACAAAGGAAACUAUUCCAUGUUCAAGAAGAUGUUGGUGCAAAAACGCCGGGAGCAGAUCAAAGCUUAUGAAAAACAAGAGAAGCGAAUCAGAGAGCUGAAGGCCUCGGGAUCUUCUAAAAAACAGGCUGAAAAGAAGCAGAAGGAAGCUCUGACCCGCAAGCAGGAGAAAGGUCGGAUGAAGAGUAAGAAGGAUGAGGAUGAAGAUGGGCCAAUCGAACUUCUUGAUCGCCCUCAAGAGUACAUUGUGAAGUUCUCGUUCCCCGAGCCUCCUGCUCUACAACCUCCUAUACUUGGCCUGUACAACGUAACAUUCUCGUAUGAAGGUCAUAAGCCGCUGUUCAAGGGAGUUGAUUUUGGUAUUGAUUUGGAGACGAGAAUUGCCAUUGUUGGGCCCAACGGCGUGGGUAAGUCAACCUUUCUGAAGUUGUUGGUGGGAGAACUGACACCCAAUGAAGGCGAUGUGCGCAGGAACCAUCGGCUGAAAAUUGGACGUUAUGACCAACAUUCUGGAGAGCACCUCACCGCUGAGGAGUCCCCGGCCGAGUACCUGAUGCGACUCUUCAAUUUGCCCUAUGAGAAGGCACGCAAAGCCCUGGGGACGUUUGGUCUGGCCAGCCAUGCACACACCAUCAAGAACAAAGACCUUUCCGGCGGCCAGAAGGCUCGUGUGGCACUCGCUGAGCUCUGUCUCAUGGCACCAGACGUUCUCAUUCUUGACGAGCCCACCAACAAUUUAGAUAUCGAGAGCAUCGACGCUUUAGCCGAGGCAAUAGUGGAUUAUAAGGGCGGGGUCAUCAUCGUAUCCCACGACGAGCGGCUCAUCAGGGAAACCGAAUGCCAGCUAUGGGUCAUUGAGGAUCAAACCAUCAACGAAAUCGACGGAGACUUCGAUGACUACAGAAAAGAGCUGCUAGACCAGCUUGGGGAGGUCGUCAACAACCCCAGCAUUGCUGCCCACGCUGCUGCUGAUCUAUAGUCUUGUUCGCCUCGCAAUAAACCUUUACUUUGAAGUGUUUUUAUCAUGCCGAAAAUGUAUAUUGUGGGCUGUAGUACUGAACCUGUUUUUCUUAUAUUUCAAGCAAUUUUUCUGCAAUUAUUUCGGAGUAAAUGGGAAGCAAAUGCAUUGAGUGCCUCUUGGGAUUAACCGGUUUCUUUGGUAACUAAGCUUGGGAUUUUGUACUGAAUUAAACUUCUAUGUGAGGUGCUACUUCCAUUACAAAAUUUUUUUGUUGACCGCAUCGGAUGCGGAAAUUUGAGCUUGUACCGUAAGCAUAAGUUUCCGUCAGUCUUCUUGCGUCAUUAAACGAAUAUAAUUUCAAAUUUU